UAGCAAAUUACUUCAACUCCUCUGACAAAAUCAUUUUGAUCCCAUAGAUAACUUACUCUCUUUGCCACUGUUCAAGGUUAUUUCUCAAACUUCAACUGCUGAACUUCAAAGAGUGAAAAGGUACUUUUUGUUACAGAGAACUUCAUUACAAUCAUGGAAAGAGUAACAGAAAAGGAACAACUGAGAAAGGAAGAGGAAGCAAACAACUCAUCGAUGUCGUUUUCUGCUCUUCGUGAGGACAUUAUCAAUGUUCUGGAUUUCGUGGAGAGGUUAAAGAAUGAAGAGGAUCAAAAACCUGUUGAUGUGGAUCUUAUUGAAAAGCUGAAAUCAAAGCUGACAUUUAUUUGUACAUAUGUCCAGCUUUCUUAUUCCGAUUUGGAUCAGUUUCAAGAUAUAAUGACCGGCAAAAGACAAGAAGUUGAGAAUCUGCUUCGGACAAUUUUUGAUGAUGUGGACAACACCAUCAGGUGUAAAUAUAACAUGCAUCAUGUCCUUCCUAGCCUCACCAAGAAUAUGGAUAACUGUAUCAGCUCGGACCAUUGUUCUAAAUCAAAUGCUACCAUGGCAGAGGAACAAUUGAACUUCCUUCUCUUGAAUCUCCAUCAUCUAUCCAAGUAUCGUGCUGAAAAGAUUUUCCCGUUAGUGAAUGAAUAUGGGAUUCUUCAGAAUGUAUGUCGAAAUGUACGAGAUUUCCAUGGGUUGAUAGUGAAUGGUUGCAUCAAGCAUGAGAUUAUUGAGAAUGUCUUACCCCGGUUUCAACUGAUGGCCGAGAGUGUAGGAAAGUUCCUUUGGGAGGAUCAGAUUGAUCAAUACUCUCAACUGUCCGAGCUGGACGAGGAUGAUCAGACUGAUGGAGACUCUCAACCCUCCGAUCUAGAUGAGGAUGAUCAGACUGAUGGAGACUCUCAACUCUCCGAGCUAGACGAGGAUGAUCAGACUGAUGGAAACUCUCAACUCUCCGAGCUAUCUGAGGAUGAUCAGAUUGAUGGAGAUUUUCAACUCUUAAAGCUAGCAAAUCUACUCAUAAAGAUUAUUCCAAUUGAACUGGAGGUUAUGCACAUUUGUUUUACAAAUUUGAAAGCUUCACCAUCAGCAGAAGUUGAAGGUUUCAUUAAGCAGCUCCUAGAAACUUCUCCAGACAUUAAUAGAGAAUAUCUGAUUCAUUUACAAGAGCACAUGGUAAAUGUUAUCACCCCUAGUACUUCAGGGGCUCAAAACAUUCAAGUCAUAAUGGAGUUUCUGUUGAUUAUUCUUACUGACAUGCCUAGAGACUUUAUUCAUCACGACAAAUUAUUUGAUCUUCUGGCACGUGUGGGAGCACUUACCACAGAGGUAUCAACUCUUGUUCGUGACUUAGAAGAGGAAUCAAGGAAUAAAAAGAGCACAGAUGAAACAAGUCGUGCAACUCGAGACUUGCUGGAAAAUAUUGAACUCCUCAAGGAUGAUCUCAAACAUGGUUAUCUGAAAGUCCCGGACUCAUAUCAAUGUUGCUUCCCCAUGAAUGAUGGACCACUCUUCAUGCAUCUUCUACUCAUCCACUUGAAUGAUCUGCUAGAUUCCAAUUCUUAUUCAAUUUCUUUGAUAAAGAAAGAAAUUGAGUUGGUGAAAGAAGACCUAGAAUUUAUAAGAUCGUUCUUCGUGAAUGUUGAGCAAAGAUUGUAUAAGGAUCUAUGGGCACGUGCUUUAGAUGCGGCAUAUGAGGCAAAAGAUGUCAUUGAUUCUAUUAUUGUUUGAGAUAAUGGUCUCUUACAUCUUAUUUUCUCACUUCCCAUCACCAUAAAAAAGAUCAAGCUUAUCAAAGAAGAAGUCUCUAAUUUACAUGAGAAAAUUACCAAGAACAGGAGCCAUAUUGUUGUAAACUCUCCCAAGAAUCCAGUUGAAAGAAAGUCAUUGACAACUGGUAAAAUAAUUGUAGGAUUUAAGGAGGAGACAAACUGGUUAAUUAGUAAGCUCACCAGUGCACCGAAAGAUCUUGAUGUCAUUUCAAUCACUGGUAUGCCGGGUUCGGGUAAAACUACUUUGGCAUACAAAGUAUACAAUGAUGAAGCAGUUUGUAGUCAUUUCGACCUUCGAGCAUGGUGCACAGUCGACCAAGAAUAUGAUGAGAAGAAGUUGCUGGUGAAACUUUUUAAUCAAGUUACUGGCUCGGAUUUGAAGUUCAGUGAGGAUAUUGAUGUCGCUGAUAUGUUACGGAGAGAACUGUUUGGAAAGAGGUACCUAAUUGUGUUAGAUGAUGUGUGGGAUACUACUACAUGGGAUGAUUUAACAAGACCUUUCCCUGAAGUUGAGAAAGGAAGUAGAAUUAUUUUGACGACUCGACAAAAGGAAGUGGCUUUACAUGGAAAGGGCAACACUGAUCCUCUUAACCUUCGAUUGCUAAGUCCAGAAGAAAGUUGGGAGUUAAUAGAGAAAAGGGCAUUUGGAGAACAGAGUUGCCCUGAUGAACUAUUGGAUGUUGGAAAAGAAAUAGCCGAAAAUUGUAAGGGACUUCCUUUGGUGUCUGAUCUGAUUGCUGGAGUCAUUGCAGGGAGGGAAAAGGAAAAGUCUGUGUGGCUUGAAGUUCGAAAUAAUUUGAAUUCCUUUAUUUUGAACAGUGAAGUUGAUGCGAUGAAGGUUAUAGAAUUAAGUUAUAACCAUUUACCGCAGCACCUGAAGCCAUGCUUAAUUUACCUUGCAUCUUUUCCAAAAGACAGAGAAAUUCAGUUUGAUGCGUUGCGAAUAUAUUGGCGCGCUGAAGGGCUUGCUGAAAAGACAGAAGUACUGCAGGUUUAUUUUGAUAGUUUAAUUACCAGUAGCUUGGUAACUAGCUUCAAUGAGAUAGGUUAUCGCCAGACUUGCCAAAUUCAUGAUCUUGUGCACGACUUUUGUCUGAUAAAAGCAAGAGAGGAAAAGUUGUUUGGCGAGAUAAGUUCAAGUGGUGCAUUUUCUUCUUCAGAUUUGAUGCCACGUAUAGUGACCAUUAAUUAUGAUAAGGAGCACUUUGGGUCUAACAAUUUCAUCCUGCUCGAUUCAAAAAUGAAAAGGCAUUGUGGUAAACAUGUAUAUUCUUUGGAGAUAACUGGAGACGAGAUGGAAGAUCGUCUUUCUGAUGCAUGCCACCUAAGAGAGUUGAGGCUUCUUAGAGUGUUGAUCCUGUAUCCCUCAAUUAUGAUGGUGAAAGAUUCUUUGUUGAAUGAAAUAGGCAUGUUGAAUUAUUUGAGGUACUUAAGAAUUGGGACAGAAGUUAAAUCUCUGCCUUCAUCUUUCUCAAACCUCAGGAAUCUGGAAAGCCUGUUUGUUGAUAACAAAGCAUCAACCUUGGUACUAUUACCGAGUAUUUGGAAUCUUGUAAAGUUGCGAGAGCUGUCCAUGGAUGCUUGUUCUUUCUUUGAUUUUGAUACAGAUGAACCAAUACCAAUAGCUGGAGGCUCAGAGUUAAAGAACUUGAGAGUAUUAUGGACACUCAUGCUUUCCUAUUCGAAAGACACGGUGGAUAUCUUCAAAAGGUUUCCCAAUCUUCAGGAGCUUUCAUUUGUUCUCAACAAAUCAUGGGAUUAUUCAACAGAGAGAUAUUGUUUCCCAAAACUAGAUUGCCUAACAGAACUAGUUUUCCUCAAAGUAGAUUUUGAAAGUUCAAACACAAAUGACAGUGGGCCCUCUGUACCGACAAAUUGGUCGUGGGAUUCUCACUUCCCACAGAAUUUGAAAAGAUUGGUGUUGUGUGACUUUCCUCUGACAUCCUAUUCACUAUCAACAAUAGCGAGACUGAACAACCUUGAAGACUUGUUCCUUGAGAGGACAAUCAUGCAAGGGGAAGAAUGGAACAUGGGGGAGGAAGACACCUUUGUGAAUCUCAAAUAUUUGGAGUUGGAAGAAGUGACUCUUGCUAAGUGGGAUUUUGGAGAGGAAUCCUUUCCCGUGCUUGAGAAAUUAAAACUCUGCGAAUGUCGUAAGCUUAUAGAGAUUCCGCCUAAUUUGGGGGAUAUUUGUUCAUUGAAAAUUAUCCAACUUGUCGAGAGCCCUCAACUUGAAGAUUCAGCUCUGGAGAUUAAACAAUAUGUUGAAGAUAUUAUGGAACGGAAGCUUGAGGUCCUUGGCCCGAAUAAUAUGCCAUUAUUUAAGUAGCUUGAAGAAUUAUGCGUGGGAAGUCUUGAGCACCACCAUAACAGGUGGCAUGAUGCGAUCCGAGCUUCAUCAAAGUUUUACACACGAAGACGAGCUAAGGUGUUGGUAGACUUGUCAUCAAAUCACUAUAUUGGAGGCUUGGGAGGAAGGCAUGAAACUUGAGAAUGUGCGUUCUUGGAAGGAGCUCCCGGUAGAGCAAUACCAUGUUUGGAUAAUAGCUUGGAUCAUGGGUGAUACUAUCAUGUAUAGCACAUACUUUUUAAGACCACACACGCGAAGCCAAUCCCAAGAUCUCAAAUCUUGGGAUUGGUGGUUGCCACUUUGGCAAUGGUGGGAGGUGUCCAAGACAGCCCUUUGUUCUGUGUUUGUAAAAGGAAAAUUAUGAAUAGUUGUCUUAGUCAUUUUAUUAUGAAUAUUAUCUCUUGUGACAUAUUUGAGAGCUAGAUUAAGCUGUUUGUUGAACUUUGUUUAGAAACAUGGGUUGCAAGGAGAUUCAAUCAUCCUUGAGGUCUUCAUAUGAGAUUAGGUACUUUUUUGUAUUAAUUUA